AUGCUGGAAUACUUCCCCAGUGGAAUGCAGCCAUAUGUGCAAAAUGGAUUUUCUGGUGAAGCAAUCUCAUUAUUCAAUGCCAUGAAAGAUAGAGGGUUCAAUCCGGAUAAGAUCACAUUGAUCGGAAUUCUCUCCGCAUGUGCCUCAAUGGGCGCCCUAGAUUUUGGGAGGUGGGUUGAUGCAUAUGCAUCAGAAAUAGGCUUACAGCAUGAUAUCUAUGUUGCUACUGCCUUAAUUGAUAUGUAUGCAAAGUGUGGGAGUGUGGACAGUGCAUUUAGAGUUUUUGAUAAUAUGACACAAAAAAAUGAGGUGUCAUGGAAUGCAAUGAUUUCAGCCCUUGCUUUUCAUGGGCGGGUCCAAGAGGCGUUAUCGCUUUUUAAGUGCAUGUCAGAGGAGGGGGGGAUUCUCAGGCCAAAUGAUGUCACUUUUGUUGGAGUUCUUUCUGCAUGUGUGCAUGCCGGAUUAGUUGAUGAAGGCCGCCGUUUGUUUGAACUAAUGAGCUCGUCAUAUGGACUGGUUCCGAAAAUUGAGCAUUACUCUUGCAUGGUUGAUUUGUUGGCACGUGCAGGACAGGUAUAUGAAGCAUGGGACUUUAUUGAGAAGAUGUCUGAAAAACCAGAUGAAGUUAUGUUAGGUUCAUUGCUUGGUGCUUGUCAGAAACUCAGAAACAUAGAUGUUGGUGAACGGGUUAUGCAGCUUCUUCUGGCAGUGGAGCCUUCAAAUUCUGGUAAUUAUAUAAUUUCUUCAAAGAUUUAUGCAAAUAUGAAAAGGUGGGACGAUUCAGCUAGGAUGAGAUUGUUAAUGAGACAGAAAGGUGUCACGAAAACUCCAGGUUGUAGCUGGAUUGAGGUGGAUGCUGAGGUUCAUGAAUUUCAUGCUGGUGACUCUUUACAUCAUGAUUCACUAGCGAUUUGCCAAUUGCUUAACAUGCUAUAUGAGGAAAUGAAGAUGGAAGAACAAUUGCAUAUGGAAGGCUUUUCUGAAUCUGGGGCUUCUGCAACACUAGCCACAGGAUAUGCUGACACACAAAGCUGUGUUAUCAGUGACAUUACAUGUACUAGUCCCCAUGAAGACAUUGGCUUCACUGCCUUGGAGCAUAAUAAAUGUAAUGAUUCACAUGAUAUGCACAUUGAAGUUGGAGAUGGGGCAAUCUAUGUUUUUGUUACUAAAUACACUUGGUCAUUUUUUUGUAGACUUGAGGGACUCAUGCUGCAAAUACAACCAAGCAAAAUUGCUGCAGACACUAGAGUCACUUCGGUUGGUCAUUCACUUGCUUCUCUGGAGUCAUUGAUGCCACUUUUCCCUCUUGAGGGACCUCAGCCAUGGGGAUGGUUAUUGGCAAUGCUCUCAGUGGUUUUCCUCAUAUCUGCUAAUCACUUAACUCACAUAGUUGCUCAUCUAAUCAAUUGUGGGAGUCUUCCUAUUGACUGGUUUUUGAAUCCUUCAUUUCAUGUGCUGCAACAGAUCCAGAAGGAUGUUCGUGUGGAACAUAUAGAUGCUAAAAUGGCAGCUUAUACUGAAGAAGGUGCAGCCAAAAAGUUGCAGAAAAGCAACUUUGAUCUGUUGGGUCUUUGCUGUACAUCAGAGGUUCCUUUGAUUGAAAAGAUUUUAAGAUCUCUUGAUGGUGUCAAAGAGGUUACCACCAUAGUCCCCUCCAGAACAGUCAUUGUUGUUCAUGAUACUCUCCUCCUUUCUCAGGUUCAAAUUGAUUCCAUUUCACAUUUGUUUGUCAAAGACCAGAAGCUACGCGAAAAUUCUCAUUGGAUCUCGGUUGUUCUUAACAGCGAUGGCUAUUCAUUUAAGUCUUCGAGUACUUCUUCCAUUUCCAGUGAUUGGAUUCGUCGAUUCCGGGGCUACCGGUCACAUGUCAGGUGA